UUUGUCACAGAUGCUGCAUCUGGAGAAGGUCCUAUUCUUCCUGAUGGACAGGAUCUUUAUUUCAAAACAGUUGGCAUUUCACCCAUUCUAUCGGUUCUUCAAAGCAUAGUUCAGUCACCUGUCCUCAAGGUUUCACACAAGGACCAUGGAGCUACCCACCGACAGAAGCGAAACGUCCUUUUCCCCAGUGGGGUCAAACUCUGCGGGCAGGAGAGUGUGCAACAAGCCAUCGCAAAUCACCUCAGCUAUUUUCACCUUCGAGUGUGUCAGGAGACGCUGUGGGAAGCCUUCAAGAUUUUCUGGGACCGCCUCCCGAACCAGGAAGAGUACCAGACCUGGAUGAGUCGGUGCCUGGACGGCACGACCACUGCUCUGGAGAUGGGCAACAACUUCAGCCAAUCAGAGGAGCACCUGGCCCUGGUUGAGAGUAGAAUGUCAGUGACAGUGUUAAAAAGCACCCAGACUCCAGACACAGAACAGGAGGAUCAAGGUCAGUAA